AUGCCUAACUUUAAAAAGGCUCAAAUGGCUAAAGAAGCUACUAAAAGGGCUCUUACCAAGAAUAUUGACUCAUUUGAACCGGAUUCUACUACUAUUACAUCCAAAUUGAUCUCCAUUUCAACCUCAAAUUCAGAUUCGUCGCGAAAUUCAUCACCAAAUUUAAAUUCAACCAUGAAGCAACCAAAUUUAGACAAUUCUCGCCUCGAUCCGUCCAACCCAACCCCAAAUUUAGAUCCUAAUCUCAAUUCUCAUACUUCAGCUCAAUUGGCUAAGCAAGUCACUGUCAAUAAACUUGGCAAAAACUUGGACAAUUUACUCCCCAAGAUACAGGAUAAAGAUGAGAGUCAGGAUCAACCUCAACCUUCUAAGAGUGCAGAGUUGGAUUCGACACCCCGUGAAAACGGGAAUAUCACCGGACCAGAAUCACGCGACCCGAAAAAUCACGUGACACAAGAUGAUUUCAACUAUCUGAGUCAGCGAUUGACCAAGAUGCCUGGUUCUUGGAUUGGACAACGGGGCGCCGCUCAAUUCGAAGAUGAAGAUGCUCAAUUCAAUGAUCCGAAUGGUUCGCGGUACCACGAGAUUGUUGAUUCGUUGAACAAUUCACCGUCGGUGGAUUUACAGCGGGAGAUGACAUUUGAGAGUCUUGAGGGUGAGUUAGAGUCUACUUCCGACACAGUUAGCGGAGCCGCCGAUGGUGCCGGGUCACGUCACAGUUCUUUGGGUGCUCCGAUACGAAAGUCUGUGGUGAUGUCGAAGGUUCCUGAUUUGCCGAAAGAGGCGGAGAGCGGGGAGACUUUUAAGCGCGCUCUUGAGAGCAUGUUGAGUGCGGGCGGAGGCGGGGGAAUCGCGGGGGCGGAGGGAACUGCUGCUGCCGCUGCCGCCGCCGCCGUAUCUACCUCUUCUCCGCGUUCAUCCUCGUCUUCCUCAUCUUCUCUUUCAUUUUCCAUCCCCGCCACCGCCACCGCGGCGGUGUCCGGUUCUCCGACGCAACUAAAUUUUGACUCCGAAAGAAGGACCUCCUCGUCGGCGUUCACCAUAGUGGACACUCCCGACGUGGACGCGGACGCGGACGUAGACGCCGAUGAUGACAAGCGGUUCACCAACCCGCUGUUUAAACAUCAAAGCGGGGCAUCAAGUAUUUAUUCAGAGGCGGUAAACAAAAGCCGAGUAUCUGUUCCGCUUGCUUCGAUUCCUGAAGGAAAUGCCGACGGCGGCAAAGUUGUUCGGAGUAAAGAGAUGCCGCCGAUUGGUGACGCCGCCCAGAGUUUCAAUUCUGGCCCCGCCAGCCACCCGAAGACCCAUGUGAUCUCCGUCUCUUCAAGCAUUUACUCCGCCCUACCGCGUGGAAGCCGCAUAGCCAACACAGGCGUUGCCGCAAACUCCGACAUGUCGGAAUCUUCAGGUCAGCUCGCGAGUGUCUCUGCGGGAUUUGCCGCCUCCGCGUCUGCUACCGCUGCCGCUGCCGCCGCCGCCGCAUCUCCUGGUUCAGUGCAGCGGAUCAUGGCAUCGUUUUCGUCGGCACCGAACGCGUCUUCAAUCGCGUCCAAGUCCGCCAUCGAUUCACUUCUCUCCGCCGACGCGGGCUCCGUCCUGAUGAGCGACACCGACACCACCGACACGUUGACACCCGACAUGUUUGAUCCCGAUGAUGCCUCCGCCCUCUUUGUCGCCGCAACUUAUCCCUUCAACGCUUCCACGUUGGACUCCGACAACGAUGCCGCCAUCUGCCUCUCCUUCGGUCAGAACGACAUCGCCUUCACCUACAACCUCGAUGAGUCGGGAUGGGGAGAAGUGAUUCUAGUCGACUCUCUACAGCGCGGAUGGGUUCCGAUGAACUAUUUCAAGUCCGCCGUGGAGGACUCUUUGGCGGAGUCGGAGGGACGCACACAUAAUGAGAAGCUGGCAUCAUCCCGCCUGCCGCUCCGCGUGCUUUUCCGAAACGCGGGAAAAUUCCUUCUCAACCCACAAAGUAAACCGUUCUAUCUAAGCGGCCACUUGCGGGGCUACGUUUUCGACGUUGAGUGCUUCAACGGAAUCACCGACGGUGUGCGGAAACUUCUCAUCGAUACCGAUUGUAUCUCGCGUAGCAACACCAUCGUCCAGCGGAAACCAAUCGUUAGGCGGAGGCGGAAGAAACUGCUCCGCUCGUGGUCGGACCUCAUGGCCAAAGCCAAGAAAUAUAUGCACACGAUGGACCCGAGUAAAAUCGAGUAUCUCCAACUGCUCACAUUCGAUGUUUUGAAGCGGGCCGCCGCGUUUUUGGAAGUGUGGGGAGCGGAGACCGCGGACUUGGAUCUGGACAAUACCGAAGAGCAGCGGCACCGCCAGGAAUUGUCCACAUUUACAUUUGAUUUGAUUUAUUUGGAGCGGCCGCCGCUUGUCGGCUACCGCGCCAAUGAGAUCUACGAUCAGUUGGUGUCGGGGUUGAGUAUGAUUUCGGGCCGUAUCGAUCUGGUCGAGCACAACGUCCAGGGCUGUCGGGUAUUGGAGACUGUAGUUGGCCAGAUCAACUUGAUGGUCAAUGAGGAGGUGUUUGUUAUGAAGUGGAUCAAGGCCAAGUUGACCGAUGCUGCGGACGCGGACGCCAACGGGGCCACCGCCGAUGGGGCCUCCGCCGAUGGGGCCACCGCGGACGCCGACACCACAGACAUUACCGCCGCAUUCACCUCCGCUCUGACCUCUUCCGAAACACCUAUUGGCGCCUCGUUACAGGGCCGCUUUGCUGGAGUGGUGGCCCGCCUUCGCGCUCUUGAUUCUAACGCUUCUAAACUCGAGCAGGUUGUCGACGAGUUGAACUCGUUUGUCCGCGUUAUGAUUGACGUGGCCACGCGGCGGAAGAUUCAGAACAAUCUACCGGAGAGGGCCAACAGCAAUAUAUCCCGCGGCGGCUCCAUUACGCAGGCCUCCGCCAGGGCCUCCGCCAGGGCCUCCGCCAAAGGUGCCUCCGCAAUUGCACUCUCCAAAGGACUCUACUUCUAUUCGCGGGAAGGCGGAGCCAUCGUUAUCAAUGCCUGUAAGAUGAUCGGUAUUGCUUCUACAUCUCACCGCAUUCUCAAGUCGCUUCUUUCGACUAUGGCGACGGCGGAACUACACUUACCGGCCUUUAGAAAGUAUCCAAACUAUGUCAAGAUGGGAAUCUCACCGGCGGACUUUGUGCAGCGGUGUUCGGUUGGUCUUAUGGGAGACAAGGGAGUUCGCCGCCAGGUGUCCGAGUAUCGUAAGCGGAGCACCGCCACGCCGCGGGUGUCUAAACGGUUCUCCGUGUUUAGAGCGGGCAACAGCGGUGACAUGCAGAUUAGUGAUGACGGCUUGGACUUUUUGGCGGGCAUCUCAUCCAAGGAAAAUACGCCGUUCAUUAACGAGGGCGGAGAAUUUGAGGAGUUGGUCGGAGUUGGCGGCAAGAGCGGUGCUGGUGGUGAAAGCGGAGUCGAAGUUGGAGUCGUUGAUUCCGCCGAUGCCGACUCGGACCUCUCGUACAACUCCGAAGCAGACAUUCUCCGCGCGGAAGACGGAAAGCUUCUGGGCGCUUCUUUCCGUGCCUUGGUGGCUCUUCUGACCGACGAGUCACAUCCGCCAAGCUACUUCUUCACAUCAACGUUCUUCCUCACGUUCCGCAUCUUUGCCAACGGAUCGAUGCUUCUCGAGGAAUUGAUCCGCCGCUUCGAUGUCCGCGACAUGUGGCAGAGUGCCGCCAAAGAAAACUCCGCCUCGGCGGGAUUUUCCUCCCAGGCUUCGCGCAUAAAGGCCCGCCGCCGACUCGUGUGUAAGGCCUUCCAGCUCUGGCUCGAGUCGUAUUGGAAACCGCGGUCCGACUACGCUCUCUUGGCUCCGCUCAUCAACUUCUUUAACGAAGGAGUGAAGCCGAAAAUGCCAGUCGAGGGCUACCAACUUCUUGUGGUGGCCUCCAGGUUGGUCGGACAGCCGCCCGUGGAAACGAUGAGAGACAAGUUGAACUACAGUAACAACAUCGAUAGCGAUUCGCAGCUUCUUCCGCGAAAGAUCUCCCCGAAGUUGCACAAGAAGCAGAUUCUGCGGAUCUCACAGCUUCACGAUCUCAAUGGGGGAGCCCUCAUGUCUGAGCUCGAUGCGUACAACUCGUUUAUGGAUGAUAUCGAUAGUUACGGGCUCAAGGAGGUGAAGGAGGCGGAGGCGGAGGAGGGGGAAAGCGGGGUUACCGUCCCCGCUGGCGGGGCUACUGCCGACGGGGCCACCGCCGACGGGGCCACCGCCGCGGCCGCGGCUCCGAAGAGCGGAGGUGUUUCGUUCAGGAAGUCUCUCAACUUAGGAAUGCACCUCGAAUUGUCGGACGGAACCAGUAGCUCCGUUCUCCUCACCAGCCAACAGAUGGAGUUAAUGAAGACUGUAGUUAUUUCGUAUAGACGUAUGUUGGGGGACCACUGGACGGGAGACGCGGAGGAGUCGGGCAAGUCCCCUGACACAUUUUCGUUCACUCCACUGGACACCUCGUCCCUGAUUGAAUCGUGGUGGAGAACGUCACAGGAGUCCUGGAAGUGCCUCAACCAGUCGCUCAUUUUACUCAACUUUAAUGGCUUAGAAUUGGCCAAACAGCUCACUCUUAUAGAGUCUAAGAUGUUCUGUUGUGUCAAAGUGAGUGAGCUCUUGAACCAGAACUUCACUACUAAGAAGCUCCACCUUAAUUUGUCGCCCAACAUCCAACGCUCGGUGCUCUUCACCAACCUUUUGAGUGAAUAUGUGAUCGAAAGUGUCCUUCAACCAGACAUUGAGAUGAAGAGAAGAGCACACUACUUCAAGUGCUGGCUUAAGGUGGCUAUUUCAUGUCUCUAUCUCCGAAACUUUAACUCUUUGGCAUCAAUAAUGACGUCGCUACAAAGCUUCCUCAUUACACGUGUUCAGUCCAUUUGGGAAGGGCUCAGCGACAAAUAUAGGGACUUGUUCCAUUAUUUGGCGUCGAUAAUCCACCCAGAAAAGAACUAUAAUGUCUAUCGAGACAAGUUGAGAGACUUUCUCCAGUCGAAUUUGGAAGACGACUUGGAAAUCCCGAUCGUUCCGUAUCUUUCGUUGUUUUUACAAGACCUUACUUUUGUAGUUGAUGGGAAUGGUAACUUCCGGAACAAUUCCAAGUCAUUUUUGAACGAAAAGUUGAUUAAUAUCGACAAAUUCUUCAAGAUUACACAGAUUAUUGCGGAUAUUCAGACUCUUCAGGUUCCUUAUACUGAUACUGGAGAACUGGGAGCCAUUUAUAAUAGUGUAGAUACUGAGCAGAUGCGUUCACAGGCCAUUCGAAACCUUGAAAAAGAGAUUCCAAUGGAUGACGAUGUGAAUUUUGCUGAUAUGUUUGAUAUCUCUGGAGUUCCAUGUUUACAGGAGAUGAUUUUCUUGGAGAUUUGGAAGGUUAAGCAGAACAAUGCUAGAGAAGAGGAUCGGGCAUGGAAGUUGAGUUGUACUGUUCAACCUCGAGAUCAGGGUUCUGAUAAGGGUAGUAUUGGGACUGUUACUGAUGAGACGUUGACGAGCGUGGCGAACAUAGCUCAGGAACGUAGCUCAGCGAACGUAGUGAGCUGA